AGUUUUUUUUACAUCAGAAACACCACACAUAUCGUAUCCCAACAAAGAUGCUUUUGAGUCCAUGUGUAACAUGUGAGCCAACUAAAACUGGGUUAAGUUUGGAAGACUGUAUAUAGAUCUGACCAAAGCAAGAAGAAGGGCUUUACUAAGGGCGUAAGUGUGCAGCCGAGGAAUAUGGAGACCACCGUGAAAAACAAGCAAGUGAUACUGAGAAAUUAUGUGGAGGGUACCCCAAAAGAGUCUGAUCUUAUGAUUGUCACCGCUUCAGACAUCAUGGAACUCAAGGUUAAGCCCGGAUCAGGGGCAAUGCUGGUGAAGAAUCUUUACUUGUCUUGUGACCCUUACAUUGGAAUUUUGAUGAGAGAACCAACUCCUUCGACUUCAGCACUUUUGGAUGCUUUCGUCCCUGGCAAGCCUAUAUAUGGAUUUGGAGUGUCUAAGGUGAUAGCUUCUGAUAAUCCAGGUUUUGCAGAAGGUGAUUUUGUUCACGGAAUCGUCGACUGGGAGGAGUAUCGUAUUAUUAAAGCGACUGGUAGUGGUAGAUUCACCAAAAUCGACAUCAAUAUCGAUGUUCCUCUCACCUAUUAUACCGGAAUCCUUGGUAUGCCAGGUUUGACUGCUUAUGGUGGAUUUUUCGAGAUAUGUUCACCUAAGAAAGGAGAAACAGUGUUUGUGUCUGCGGCUUCUGGUGCGGUUGGUCAGUUAGUGGGUCAAUUUGCUAAGUUGAUGGGCUGCUAUGUUGUUGGAAGUGCUGGAAGUAAACAAAAGGUUGAUCUCUUGCUGAACAAAUUUGGUUUCGAUGAUGCAUUCAAUUACAAGGAAGAGCCUGAUUUUGACUCCGCCUUAAAAAGGUGUUUCCCAAAAGGCAUUGACAUAUACUUUGAGAACGUGGGAGGCAAAAUGCUUGACGCUGUGCUACUUAACAUGAGAACUUCAGGAAGGAUCUCUGUCUGUGGGAUGAUCUCUCAGUACCAUCUUGAGACCAGAGACUUGGUACAAAAUCUACCAGACAUCAUGUUCAAGAGGAUAAGGAUGCAAGGGUUUGCUUGUUACGAGUUCAACGAUCAAAAACCCAAGUUUUUGGAGUUUGUGCUUUCCAACAUAAAAGAAGACAAGUUAACUUACGUUGAAGACAUAGUGGAAGGACUCGAGAACGGUCCUGCUGCUCUUGUUGGACUUUUACAUGGACGAAACGUUGGUAAGCAAGUUAUCAAAGUUUCUCGAGAGUGACCAAGUUUAUCAGUGUCUGGUUGUUAUACCAAUCUGUGUUGUUUUUGAGUUUGUUUUGGUCGUCUUAAUUUGUUUCUGAAUAAGCUCCCAUGUAUAAGGAGUCAAUAGGUUGUCCUAGUAUUUUGUUAGUGCUUCCUAUUUAUUUGCUUCCAGUAUCUGUAGAAGAUUGAGUCUUCAACCUUUGUGUAUUUGCUUCUGAGAAAUUUGGGUUUGUAUGUGGUAUUUUAAAAGUUUGAGCUCUAAUUGGA